AUGGGACCUGUGCCGUUGGGGAUAUUGCUUUUCGUUUUGACUGCACACUUCCCAGCAUGGGCUGGGACGCCGAAGGAGGAGGACGAUGACACAGAACGCUUGCCCAGCAAAUGCGAAGUGUGUAAGCUGCUGAGUCUGGAGCUACAGGAAAAGCUGAGUCGCACUGGACGAUCUCGAGAGGUGCUGGAGCUGGGGCAGGUGCUGGACACGGGCAAGAGGAAAAGACACGUCCCUUACAGCGUUUCAGAGACAAGGCUAGAAGAGGCCUUGGAGAAUUUAUGUGAGCAAACUCUGGAUUACAGUGUUCAUGCUGAGCGCAAGGGCUCACUGAGAUACGCCAAGGGGCAGAGUCAGACCAUGACAACUCUGAAAGGCCUGGUGCAGAAGGGAGUCAAGGUGGACCUGGGGAUCCCUCUGGAGCUGUGGGACGAGCCCAGUGUGGAGGUCACAUUCCUCAAGAAGCAGUGUGAGAAAAUGCUGGAGGAGUUUGAAGAAGUUGUGGAAAACUGGUACUUCCACCAUCAGGAGCAGCCCCUGCAGCAUUUUCUCUGUGAAGGUCAUGUGCUCGCAGCUUCUGAAACUGCAUGUCUACAAGAAACGUGGACUGGAAAGGAGAUCACAGAAGGGCAAGAGAAGACAGAAGGGGAGGAGGAACAAGAUCAAGAGGAGGAGAAAGACAAGGAAGAAGAGAUGACCAGCACACCAGGCCACUCCAAACAUGACCCAGAGGAUCUUUGA